CCUCGUUCCCUCUUUCAGUUUUCGUCAUCUUCGCUGAGGACGGUAUUUAACUCCUUAUCCCCUAUGCUGACCUCGCAUUUCUCACUAUAAAAAGUGGAGUUAACAGGUGGACAACCUAUCAAUGAAACAGAGAAAAAAACAUGAAUUAUGAAAACUAUGAUCCUUCUUUCCCUGACCAACCAGUUGUUGAUCAAUACCUUCCCAUAUGGGCUAGCUUACCAGCUUUCAGGUCCAAGCCAGUCUUCAUUUGGCCCGACGAUGGCUGGACGGAUGUAGGCAACAGCUCAACACUUACCUAUGCUCAACUCAACGAUUCAGUGCAGUCCAUUUCCUUUCAGCUACUCCUUUCAUUGAAAAGAGGUGACACUGUAGUCAUUUUAUGCUCACCUGGGCUAGAGCUCGUUGAGAUCAUUUUUGGGUGUCAACGAGCUGGCCUUUUGAGCGUACCCAUAAUCCCACCAGACCCUUCUUUUGCCAAAGAAAACUAUCACCACCUAGUCAGAGUUCUCUCUCAGACAAAGCUCAAAGCUGCCAUAGCUCACCAUGAUUACAUUACAAGGGUUCAGCAAUAUCUUUCUUCGCCCUCUAAAGACGAGAGGCUUGCAGAGAUGUUACAAAACCUGUUAUGGAUUUCGACUGAAGAUAUCAAACAAAAAAAUGUAGAUUCAACAGCGGGUUCUAUGUUUUAUAAUGGUAGCAAACCUGAUGAACUUUACUUGAUUCAAUACACCUCAGGUGCAACAGGGAUCCCAAAGCCCGUGCUUGUGACAGCUGGAUCAGCAGCUCACAAUGUUAGGACAGCAAGGAAAGCUUAUGAUUUGCAUCCAAAUAGUGUUAUUGUCUCUUGGUUACCUCAGUACCACGAUUGUGGCCUAAUGUUUCUGUUAUUGACCAUUGUAUCUGGUGCAACGUGCGUGUUAACAUCACCUGGAGCUUUCGUUAACCGGCCUAGGCUAUGGCUUGAGCUAAUUACAGAGUUCAAGGCUACUUGUACUCCAGUUCCAUCCUUCACCCUGCCACUAGUCGUGAAGCGUGGUGGAGUUGAAAAAGGAAGCUCGCCUAUUAAUCUAUGGAGCUUGAGAAAUCUCAUAAUCAUCAAUGAGCCCAUUUACAAGGCAUCAGUUGAAGAAUUUCUUGAUGUGUUUAAGCCAUUUGGACUAAACCCAUCGUCAAUCUCUCCAUCUUAUGGCUUAGCAGAGAAUUGCACAUUUGUUUCCACAGCGUGGAGAACUAAUGACAACUCUGGAAACUCCAGUUUCCCUAAUCUUCCUUCUCACAACAAGCUCUUGCCAAGUGCAAGACUUGCUAAUGAAGAAGAAGAAGAGGACAUGAACAUUAUUGUUGUAAAUGAGGACACCCAUGAGCCUGUUGACGACGGAAUUGAGGGUGAGAUUUGGGUUUCAUCUCCAAGCAAUGCUUCUGGUUACCUAGGCCAUUCUUUCUUAACUCAAGAUAUAUUUAAAGGUAGACUGAGCAACAAGGUUGGCCGGUGUUUUGUCCGAACAGGAGAUAGAGGGAUUGUGAAAGGGGCAGAAAGAUUUCUCUUCGUGACAGGUCGUUGCCUAGACGUCGUUAAGCUCCCAAACGGCCAGGAUAUGCACCCUCAUUACAUAGAGACCGCUGCUUAUAAUACUUGCCCACAGCUUAUUAGAGGAGGUUGUCUCGCUGCAUUUGAUAUCUCAAGAAUGAUCGUUCUUGUAGCAGAGAUGCAGAGGAGUGAAAAAGAUAACAAGAUUUUGAGGGACAUAUGUGAAAAAUUCAGAGAAACGGUUUGGAAUCAAGAGAAAGUCGAAUUAGGGAUGGCAGUUCUUGUAAAAAGUGGAAGUGUUCCGAAAACUACUUCAGGUAAAAUUCAAAGAUGGGCGGCCAAGGAUAACUUUCUAGGAGGUAAAAUGAAAGUUUUAAUGGAAAUGAAGUUUGAUAAUUACCAUGGGGGUUUAUUACCAUCCCCUGGGGCAAUGAUACUUGCAAGUAAGGGAAGAGGACAAAGAACAGGAAAAGGAAGAGAAGGUGAAGAGAGGGGAGCCCUGAUAGCUGAAGAGAAAAAAGAGAAUCCUUUUUCACUGUCAAGUGCUCCAACUCGUCAUCCCUGGUUGUCUCGAUUGUGA